ACUGAUCAGCAGCUGAAUUUCUACUUGCAAAGGGAGGCUGAGGGCAGUGAGGCUGCAAGUAGAUCUGCUUUGUAAGUUGAGGGUAGUUGAGCUGUCCAGUGUUGCCGUUGCGGCAUAGUUCACGGUCCAGAUAGAACACAGACGUAUUGCCGAGGGAUAUUCGCUCACUUCGUUGAUCGAAGUGGCGUCCAGUUUGCGCUUGGCGUUUUUAGUAACUGAGAGCAGUUGUCCCCUGCCGAGGACGGGAUGAGUUCCGAACUAGAUCAACUCCGUCAGGAGGCCGAGGCGCUGAAGAAUCAGAUCAAGGAUGCGAGAAAAGCUGCAUCGGAUACAACUCUCCUUCAGGUCGCAAAUGACAUCGAAGGAGUUGGUCGCAUCCAGCCAAGGAACCGCAAGACCCUGCGUGGUCAUUUAGCUAAAAUUUAUGCUAUGCACUGGGCGAAGGACUCCAGGUACCUUGUCAGUGCAUCUCAGGAUGGCAAACUCAUCGUUUGGGAUGGCCACACCACGAACAAGGUUCACGCGAUCCCACUGCGAUCUUCGUGGGUGAUGACCUGUGCGUAUGCACCUUCUGGCAACUUCGUCGCAUGUGGAGGACUGGAUAAUAUUUGCUCUAUCUACAGCUUGAAAACUCGGGAGGGAAAUGUACGAGUGAGCAGGGAGCUACCUGGCCACACCGGUUAUCUUAGCUGCUGUCGCUUCCUUGAUGAUCAGCGGAUCCUGACCAGUUCUGGUGACAUGAACUGCUGCUUGUGGGAUAUUGAGACCGGACAAUCGACCACAUCCUUCCAGGGCCAUACUGGUGAUGUCAUGAGCAUUUCUCUGGCUCCAGACCAGAAUACCUUCAUCUCUGGUGCCUGUGAUUCCGCCGCAAAGUUGUGGGAUAUCCGCAGUGGUAACUGCGCACAAACAUUCACUGGUCACGAGUCCGAUAUCAACGCUGUGGCCUUUUUCCCUAAUGGACAUGCCAUCGCCACUGGAUCUGAUGAUGCGACAUGCCGCCUCUUCGAUAUCCGUGCUGACCAGGAACUUAUUACGUACGCCCACGACAACAUUAUUUGCGGCAUCACAUCGGUUGCCUUCUCUCGCAGUGGACGAUUGCUAUUCGCUGGUUACGACGAUUUCAAUUGCAAUAUCUGGGACACUCUCCGAGGAGAACGUGUUGGUGUUCUUGCUGGUCAUGACAACAGAGUCAGCUGCUUGGGUGUGACAGAGGAUGGUCUUGCUGUGUGCACUGGCAGCUGGGAUAGCUUCUUGAAGAUUUGGAACUAAUGUGAAGAAUAUUGUAUGUGGCACCCCCUUGCGCAAGCCUUUAGUUACAUACAAGCCGAGAAGCAGCAGCGAUAAAGCCUCCGUCCAGUCUCUGGCUCUGUGACCUACACUGGUUAUCGUGGUAGUACAGUCAAUGGUAGGCUUACUGCAUUUACAUACCCUCAUACUUGUAGAUGGUGCUUCUCUUUGAAAAUACAAAAUGCAUGGCGUGACUUUUUGUCUGCCGCUCCCCUCAGUUGUUGUUUCGGCUCGUUCCGGUCAUGGAACAACUGUGUCAUUGUCUCCCCCCAUUCCCCCAAUUGAAACUAGUUGCAUGCUGCACUCCGCUCAUACAUUGGGGUCAAACUAAGUCAUAACACUCUACAUAUCUUAUCACAUCUUUUGGUUUUUGGCAAUCGUUUUGUGUAGCCACACAAAUAGGUAAUGUUCUUAUCUCCAGCUCAAGCAACAGGUCUUCCGCAUCAUAUCUGUCCUAUCUCCUCCCUCUGUUUACUGUAGUGGGUUCACGCUCUUACGUGCCUUUUUUUUCCUCCGACUUUUGUUUCUCAAUGUGUCGUCGUUGUAUAUUGUAAUUAGCUUUCCAACCAAUUUUCACAUAUUCCGUAUUUCAACCUUCGACUUUGCUGUCUCACUACAGAGCUAUGUUGCGGGAGCUGUUGGUUAGCCUUGUUAUAUGGCUGACUUUGUGUCUAAUUCCUAUCAAUCCCAGCAACACUGACUGAUGACUGAUGUACAUGUUA